AUGAUGGCGGCCGCACUUCAGACCGUCCGGGCAGAGUCAGUCCCCCGGACCCGGAGGAGACGCGUCCCGGAGCAGGGCUCCAUCCCGGACCGCGGCUGGGCCUCCGAGUCCUUCCGCCUUAGUUCGGACCUGCUGGCUCUGCAGCAGUGCCACGCCAAGGCAGGCUGGGCCUCACCCGGCGCGGGGCCCGUUCCCCUGGCAACAGCGCGGGCUACGGCGCCCCACAGCGGCCAAACCGCGCUGCGUCACUUCGCCGCACUGGACUGGCUGUGCCAGCGCCUGUUGCCCCCGCCGGCGGCACUCGUGGUGCUAGCUGCUGCCGGCUGGAUCGCGUUGUCCCGCCUGGCGCGCCCUCCUCUCCUGCCCGUGGCCACUCGCGCGGUGCUCAUCACCGGUUGUGACUCUGGUUUUGGCAAGGAGGCAGCUAAGAAACUGGAUGCCAUGGGCUUCAUGGUGCUGGCCACUGUGUUGGACUUGAAUGGCCCUGGUGCCCUAGAACUGCGUGCCUGCUGUUCCUCUCGCUUAAAGCUGCUGAAGAUGGACCUGACCAAGCCAGAGGACAUCAGUAGUGCGCUGGAACUCACCAAGACUCACACCACAGGCACUGGCCUGUGGGGUCUGGUUAACAAUGCUGGCCUCAACAGCAUAGUGGCUGAUGUGGAGCUGUCUCCAGUGGCAACUUUCCGAAAAUGCAUGGAGGUGAACUUCUUCGGUGCACUUGAGCUGACCAAGGGCCUCCUGCCACUCCUGCGCCACUCAAGAGGACGGAUUGUGACCGUUGGCAGCCCAGCAGGAGAUAUGCCGUACCCCUGCCUGGCAGCCUACGGCACCUCCAAGGCGGCUGUGGCACUGCUCAUGGACACGUUCGGCUGUGAACUGCUUCCCUGGGGGAUCAAGGUCAGCAUUAUCCAGCCUGGCUACUUCAAGACAGAGGCAGUGACCAAUGUGAACCUCUGGGAGAAGCGCAAGCAACUGCUGCUGGCCAGCCUGCCUGGAGAGCUGCUGCAGGCCUAUGGUGAAGACUACAUCGAGCACGUGCAUGGGCAGUUCCUGCAUUCGCUCAGCUCGGCGGUGUCUGACCUCAGCCCGGUUGUAGAUGCCAUCAUCGAUGCACUGCUGGCAGCUCGGCCACGCCGCCGCUAUUACCCAGGCCGUGGCCUGAUGAUCAUGUAUUUCAUCCACUACUACCUGCCAGAGGGCCUGCGGCGCCGCUUCCUGCAGAAUUUCUUCAUCAAUCACUGUCUGCCCCGAGCACUGAGGCCUGGCCAACCUGGCCCCACUCCUGCUCAGGACACACCCCAGGACCCAAACCCUUCCUUAGUGGCAGCUCGGUGAGCCACAGAUGGUCUAAGAGCUCCAGCAGGAAAGGCUCCAUGAGCCCUCGGCCCUCUUUCCUAGCCAUUAUAAACCCCUCAACCUUGCCCCAGAACAGUUUUUAAACUGUGGGUCUGACCCCUUUAACAAAUUUCUAUCUAAGAAUAUUUACAUUAUGAUUCAUAACAGUAGCAGAAUUACAGUUAUGAAGUAGCAACAAAAAUAAUCUUAUGGGUGGAAGUCACCAUAUCAUGAGGAACUGUAUUAAAGAGCUGCAGCAUUAGGAAGGUUGAGAACCACUGCCUAGAAUUUGUGUUAAGAAAAGCCCAGACUCCAUUGCUGAUGCCUAGUCCAGACCUGGGAAGCUGAAGUUUGCUAGUGAGCCUCUGAACCUCUCUACUGCUUCAUGAACCCACACAGACCCUACCAGGCACAAUGUCCAUACUGCAGCUUUGGGGACCCAGCUAGAUAGAGAGUUUGCAAGAUUAUCUGUAACCUUUGAUAGGAUGCACAGAUUAUUUCUCUGCAAACCAAAAGCCAGAGGGCACCUCCUCAGGAUUCUCUUGGCACCAGUGCCUCAGUGCUACAAGUUCAGAGUAAAUCCCAACUGUCUCUUGACUGGCUCAAGAAUUAGGUCCCCAACUACUUGAUCCCAAGCCAUAGGGAAGCUAUAUAUUGUACUUGCCUGGCCGUUGGCAUUUAAAAUAAAGACACAUUUUUAUUUCUCCUAGAAUGGAGAUCAGUGUUUGAA